GGAAGCGGCUGAAGGUGUGACCGGCCCCGACCAGGGUGCUCUCGCAGUCGUGACGACUCGUCGCCGGGCUUUUCAUUUCGACGACAUGGUAUAUCACUGGCAGAGUCAAGAUGUCAAGGUAUCCGGCGUGGACGACAUGGUCCUCCUUCCGAAGAUCAACGAGGACUCCAUUAUCGAAAAUCUCAAAAAGAGAUACAUGGACGAUUACAUAUUCACAUGCAUCGGGCCCGUGCUGGUAUCGAUCAAUCCCUUCAAGCAGAUGCCGUAUUUCGGGGAGAAGGAGAUCGAAAUAUAUCAGGGCGCGGCACCGUAUGAAAACCCACCGCACAUCUAUGGUCUGGCGGACGAGAUGUACAGAAACAUGCUGAUUGACAACGAAAGCCAGUGCGUCAUUAUUAGCGGCGAGUCCGGCGCUGGAAAGACGGUCGCCGCAAAGUACAUAAUGUCCUACGUGGCGAGAGUGAGCGGCGGUGGCGACAAGGUGCAGGGGGUGAAGGAUAUAAUCCUGGAGUCGAAUCCACUCUUGGAGGCUUUCGGCAACGCGAAGACCAUAAGGAACAACAACAGCAGCCGAUUCGGAAAAUACGUCGAGAUGCAGUUUGGGUCGGGCGGUCAGCCGAGCGGAGGCAAAAUCUCGAAUUUCCUCCUGGAGAAGUCGAGAGUGACCUGCCACAAUUCCGGCGAGCGAAAUUUCCAUAUAUUUUAUCAGCUGGCCACGGGCACCAACGAAGCGAUGAAAUCUGAACUCGGACUGACGGACCUGGAUUAUUAUCAGUACCUGAGUUACGGCGGCAGUCACAAGGUGGACGGCACGAACGACGCUCGUGACUUUCAGGAAACCCUCAAAGCACUGAGCGUCAUGGGAAUAAAGGACGCAGAAAUGAUGGAUAUAUUCAGAGUGGUGGCUGGAAUUCUUCACGUGGGAAACGUACAGUUCGCCGAGAGGGGCAAUUACUCGCAAGUAGCCGAUGAACAAUUUCUCGAGUUCCCGGCUUUCCUCUUCGGGAUCUCGGCGGAGCAGUUGGCGCACAAGUUGAUCUCGCGAGAGUUCGAGUCAAAAUGGGGAAGUCAGUCGGAGAGCGUGGAUGUGACGUUGAACGUGGAGCAGGCGCUUUACGCGAAGGAUGCACUAGCAAAGGACAUCUAUGCCAGGCUCUUUGAUUAUCUAGUCAAGAGAGUUAAUUCGGCCAUGGAGACGAACGCGGACGGAUACGAGAUUGGGAUUCUGGACAUAUACGGCUUCGAGAUCUUCGAGAAGAACGGCUUCGAGCAGUUCUGCAUCAAUUUCGUGAACGAGAAGUUGCAGCAGAUCUUUAUCGAGCUCACGUUAAAGGCGGAACAGGAGGAAUACGUUUCCGAAAACAUUAGAUGGACGCCGGUGGAGUUCUUCAAUAACGCCAUCGUGGUGGAGCUUCUUGAGGAUAAGAGGCCACCCGGUCUGUUCCUGGUGCUUGACGAUGUAUGCGCGACGUUGCACGGCGGAAGCACCGGCGCCGACACCGACUUGAAGAAGAAACUGGCAGUAACAGCGGGACAACACGCUCACUUCCAAGACAUCAGCGACGGCUUCGCGAUUCUCCAUUAUGCCGGCGUGGUGUCUUACUCCGUGGACGGAUUCUGCGACAAGAACCGCGACGUCCUUUUCUUGGACCUGAUAGAGCUGAUGCAGAGCAGCACAAACUCCCUGGUACGCGAGCUUUACCCGCAGGAGAAGGAUGCCGCUAAAACGAAAACCCUCAAGUCCAGGCCGACCACGGCAGGCAGUAAAAUUAGAAAUCAAGCCAGCCGCCUGGUCAGUCAGCUGAUGAAGUGCACGCCGCAUUAUAUACGGUGCAUCAAGCCGAACGAGACGAAAAAGCCGCGGGAUUGGGAUCACACGAGGAUCAGGCAUCAGGUGGAGUAUCUGGGUCUAAAAGAGAACAUCAGAGUGCGCAGAGCUGGCUUCGCCUACAGAAGGCCGUUCGCCAAGUUUCUACACAGAUAUGCGAUUCUCACGAAAGAAACGUGGCCUCGUUGGCCCGGGAACGAGAAGCAAGGCGUGGAAUGGAUAUUGGGAAGUGUCCAUAUCGACAGGUCACAGUAUCAGCUUGGCAAGACGAAAAUCUUCAUCAAGGCGCCCGAAAGCCUCUUCAUGCUGGAGGAAGCCCGUGACAGGAGGUACAAUAUGUACGCACGAGUCAUUCAGAAGGCCUUCAAGAAGUACUUCGCGCGGAAAAGGCAGGAACAACAGAAGCAGGAAGCGGCUGGUCUCUUGUUCGGUCGUAAGGAACGGAGACGGGCGAGUCUGAAUAGAAAUUUCGUGGGCGAUUAUAUAGGACUGGAGACCAAGCCGCAGACGAUGAGUCUCAUCGGGAGACGGGAGAAGGUGUUCUUUGCUGAAGUCGUAAAGAAGUACGACAGAAGAUUUAAGAUGUGCCGAAGGGAUCUCGUACUCACCGGAAAGUGUCUCUACUUGAUCGGUAGAGAGCAGGUAAAAAAAGGCGCCGAGAAGGGCAAGUCUAUCCUGGUUAUCAAGAGGAAACUGCCGUUUAGUCAGAUCAGUCAUGUGUCAUUGAGCAUGUUGCAGGACAAUUUUGUGAUCAUCCAUACGAGGGAAGACUACGCCAGCUUGUUGGAAUCUGUAUUUAAAACGGAGUUCCUAUCUGUCCUGGACAAAAAAUAUCUCGAAGAUACCGGCCACCCGCUGAAUAUUAAGUUUAGCAACAACUUAGAGUUUAAAGUGAAGAAGGAGGGUUGGGGUGGCGGCGGAAUGAGGCAGCUGAAAUUCACACAGCUGGACUACGGCGAUCGGGAGAUCUUAAAGUCCAGCGGCAAGAUUCUCAACAUCAGCAUCGGCCCGGGACUGCCGAGCACAACGAAGCCCAAUCCAAACCGAUCAAUAUCGUCCGUUUCCCCACGUAACGGUAAGGUUUCGAAGCCAGUCCGUUCGGCACCGAAGCUGAUCUCUCGAGCAGACGGCACGGGUGUCUCGUGUAACUUUAACUCGGCUGCUGUUCCGAGUAAUCAGGUAACCGCGGCCACGAGGGUGGCCGGAAGAUCUCUCCUCCGUCCGGUGGCAGCCGAGAGGACUAUGGCGCCCGCACAGGCGACUUCAAACGGCAAACCGAGCAUUCCGUCGAACCGGCCAAAUCUUCAAGGUACACGGCCUCGUAAGGAGAUGAGGAAGGAAACGAAUUAUCCGAACAAGUUGCAAAACAGACCGGAUGCUGUCAUGGGCAUGUUCGUCAACCCUAAUGCUGGACCACGUGGUUUGCUGAAAUUUCCUCCGCCGCCUACAGAACCACCGCCGCCUGCGCAUGAACCCGUAGGGUUCAGACUGCCGUCCCUCAGUAACGAACGCGAUAAGGUUUCUGGUCACUUCAACAAAGGGAUGCAAACGAGCCAAGAAUGGAACGUUAGGAAAAUCAAUGACGCGACGACGUGUGCGAGAAGAACGGAAGAUAACGCCGCGUAUGCGAUAGCCAAUAAGAAGAUACCGCCUAAGAAACCGAUACCACCGAGUUUACCAAAGGUUAAGGCUUUGUACGAUUACGAGCCGCAGGAUCUCGAUGAGUUAGGGCUCAAGGAAGGCGACAUCGUGGAAGUGCUCAAAGAACAUGAGGGUGGCUGGUGGCAUGGAAGACUGAAAGGGAAAACGGGUCUCUUCCCUUCGAACUAUGUAGAAAGAUUAUGAGCUCUGUGACCGACAUAGGAUGACUUUCCCAUAUCCCGAUUGAGCUAAUCGAUAAUUACAUUUGUAGAAUAUCAUAAGAUCGAUUUAGUGACGUUCAUAUGCGAUACCACACAAAUACCAAAAUCUACAUUUCCGUCUGUGUUCACUGGCAUAAAAUCGAUACGACAAUCCUCAAUAUUGUAACUAUUAGUGUUACAUGUUAUGUUGUUCAUUCAUUGAGAUAUAAACGCGCUCGAUUUUUGGACAGUAGCCUUGGAGAAUGCUCCGAAGUUUACAAAUGAUGUGCUUAUCUUUGUAAACUUUCUUAUACUCAAUAAAUAGAUCUUUUCAACACCUCAUCAUAUCUAUUAUCGUAUUUACUGAUGAUUGUAUACAAUGUACGCAUGAAAUAUAUAGUAAAUUCUAUAAUCGCUGUACGAUAUAAUGGCGUAUUGUAAAGAUUAAAAAAAGGAGACAUCCGUUUACAAAAAAAAAAAAAUCACGUAGCCGUGUAAUAUUUAUUAUCUUCCACAUUCUAGAGACGAGCGCUCGUUGUUUACGAAAAUUAACUUGAGAUUUGCUGAUGAUAAAUUUGUAUUCAUGACGGUUGUAUAGGGUUAUGAUAUUACAAAUAUUUCAGACCUCUCUCGAGAUGCCAAAAGAAAUUUCUCGUAGCAUAAUUUAAUGAUUAAUAUAUAUCUGAUAAGCACUUUCUGGUAUGAUAUAUGUACAUCGUUUUUAUUGUUACAUAGCUAGUUGAUAAGAAAUUUGUGAUGCUUGGUCGGUAUUUAUAACAAAGGAUAACCAGUUACCAAAUAUAAAUGUGACAAGUAGUUCGUAAUAUAGGCGUUGUUAAAAAGAGAAAUCGACCAUUAAAUAAUUAAUUAUAACAAAUAUGAAUACCUUGUUAUAGAUCAUAUUUAAAAAGUAUCGGGAAUAACCUUUAAACUAUUUAAUAUCUGAAACAUCAUUAAUGAUAAUAUUUAAUGUUAAGCUUCUUAAAAAUAAGAUGCGGCAACGCGUAUGUAUAUAUCGUGUGAUACAAAAUAACGGGGUAAUCGAUCAAUCUUUUGUUAUAUAUCAAUCUUAUGUUAAUAUUUAUUACUUUGAAAAUAAAUAUCCCUUUGUGAUACCUGUUGUUUAGACUCACACUUGGAAGCAAAAGAAUUCUACAUCUAUCCGGUGCAAUAUGUAAUUAUUCAUUACAUUUGUAUGUAUGUCUAUAUAUCGUCAAGUUAUCUCAUCUUGAUGUUAAUUGAUAA